AUGCCGACUUCAACUCGGCGACAGGUGCGAUCGCGCGAACAACGCGGCGUUCAAGUCGUCGACAUGAGUGACGACCCGCCCUUGCACGACUCCAACCAUGGAGCAGAGUCAGUAGGAGAAGUCGAAGGAGGCGGAGAGGACGAGGGAGAUGAAGACGAAGAUGUUGAGGGCAAGUCAGCGCGAGGGGUUGUUUCAUGUGACGUAUCAGCUGACACUUGGCUUCAGACUAUGACCCGAACAUGGAGGAUAUGUCACUGCCGCCACCAGGUCUGAAGGAAAUCUCGUCUCUUGCCUCGUGGACCGUCAGCACGGCGAAGCCUGGAAAUGGAGUCGCGGCUCUACGUUCGCCCGACACCAACCUUUUCUGGCAGUCAGAUGGCCCACAGCCGCACUUGCUCAGUAUCCACUUCUUCAAGCUCGUCUCGAUCGUGCACAUGAGAAUUUUUCUGGAUUUCGCAAACGACGAGUCCUACACGCCCACGAAGAUCCAAUUCCUUGCGGGAAUGGGCGUGCACGACAUCCUCGAGUUUGCAGAAAUGUGCUUCGAGCAACCUACAGGCUGGAUUGAUGUUGAUUUCAGCAACGUCGGCCCUAUCGAGGAUGAGUUUGAUGAGUUUGAUGAGAACGGGCCCAGAGAGAUUGACUGGAGCAAACGCCCCCUGCUACGAGCCUUUCUCGUCCAGAUCAGAAUUCUAGAAAACCAUCAGAAUGGAAAGGAUACCCACCUGAGAGCGGUGCAGCUGUUUGCCAGAGAUGACGCACACCAAGAUGGAAGGGAGCCUAGCUUGUCCGAGAAGAUGAUUCAGCCGCGCAAGACGAGGCCGCAGACGAGGAGGCUUCCUUUCAGGGAGCCGAACAACAUCAAACUCGCGCCAUGGAUGAUGGAACCGGACCUUCGAUAG